AUAAACAUAAUGUCACGUGAUCAAGUUUAGCUGGUUCUCUUUCGGAUAAUGAUGUAAAUAGAAAAUUGCAAAAUGUCAUUCAUUCAUUUGCCAGUAGAACCACGACUUAAAAACUUCUGACAGUGUGGAUAAGAAAUUACAAUAAUACCUUGAAUGGGACAGAAUGAAGGAAAGCAUGCGGGAGGUAAACACCACACCCCAGGGAAUUCCCGGAAACCAAGCCGGACUUCGGGGGCAGAUUCAGACUCGGACUCCGUAGAUACGUCUUCCUCCACCCAGAGUCCUGUUACUCCUGAUUCCAAACAAAACCGAGUGAUGGCCCUCUUCAGGAAACAGAGUGAGGCCUGCAAAAAGCGCAUGGACCAUCAGUUGUAUCUGGCACAAGAAAGUCCAGAACCAACAAUUGAUUUAUCAAAAUGUGAACUGGAAGAGAUCCCACCUCUUGUUUUCUCUUUGUGCAAGAUUUUGAGUAAGGAGGCAGUAUUUCUGGGUGAUAAUUGGCUAGGAUCAUUAGAAGGUGGAAAAUGUAUAGAUAUGAGGACCGUAAGGGUGUUAGACUUGCACAACAAUGAAAUUAAAGUGUUGCCCAAAGACAUAGGAAAUAUGACAUGUUUACAGGUACUCAACUUGGAAAGAAACAGAAUAUCAAUUCUGCCAAAGAGUAUCGAAGAUCUAAAACACUUACAGACAUUAAAUUUAAAAGGAAACAGAAUGAAACUUGUGUCUCCAUCUUUGUGUGCCCUGAAGAGUUUACGGACAUUAGAUAUAUCAGAAAAUAAAAUCACCAGUUUACCUCCACAACUGUGCAAUGUCAGAACACUGGAAACUCUAGUCAUCGAUGUCCAGAAAAUUACAUAUCCCUCUUCAGAUGUAUGCAAGAAGGGGACAGAAGAAAUUAUGAAGUUUCUAUGCACAGAGUGUCAGAUGGAGUACGAGCCUCCCUCUAAGUUUCUGCUUGGUAUUCUGGAACCCCCCAAUCUCAUGUUAUCCCCUCAACGGUCAUCAUUCGCCAAAGCUGUGGAGGAGGAAGAGAGUACAUUAAAGCAAAAUAUUGAUAGCUACAAUUCAAUCAUGGAAAAGAAAAGAUUACAAAGGAUAGAGUUAGAGAGAUUGAUGGAAUUGGAGAUGUUAGAGCAAGCUCAGCUCGCCAGCCAGGCCAUGGGUGAAAAACAAAGGUUCAUAGAGGAAAUGGCAAAGGAUCAAAAUAAGAUGGACAGAGAACUAGAAACAAUUUUGCAUGGAAAAGGAGAAGAGAGGAAGAAACUUGUUAAAUACAUUCAACAGGUGGCCGACAGCACAGAUGACCUGAUUAAAAAUAUGUUAGAGAUGCAGGAGAAGGCUCGGAAAACAGAAGAACUUCUUGAGAUCAUGGAGAGAGAAAGAAUUGAGGAUGAACAGUUGUACGUUGUCAAAGCAGAGGAACUCCAGAACCUGAGAAAACAGGAAGUACUCAGAGCUAUGGAGGCUAUGUUACAGGAGUCUGAGAUGUUUGAGUAUCUGAGAUCCAACUAUGUCAAUACUAAAGACCAUGCCUUUAGACAAGCCUUGCAUGAUGAGGAGAUGACAAGUCAGGGCCAAGUACAGAGCAUUCUCCGUAGUAAGGACCUUGCUAACACCAACAUGUUAGAAGUUCUUCAGAAGCAGGAGGAGUUUCAGAGAGACGCAUUUGAGGCCUUGCAGAUCCAGAAGGAUAUUAAAUCCCAGAGGAUUGCCCAGCAGAUAAACCUGAUUGAGGAGGAAUUAGCCAGCCUCACUUGUGUGGAGAUUCAACGUAAAGAGGAGCGAACAGAUGAUGAAAUUAACCGCCUUGCUGAGAAGAGGGUAGAACUGUUAGGACUACUGGCCCAACUGAUGCAUGAACAAGAGGGACGAAGGGACGAACUCAAAAAGAGACUGGCUGAGAUGGAGCAACAGAAGGAGGACGGACAGACAGACUAUUGGUUGGUACAGUACCAGAGACUGAUGGACAGGAAACCACAGGCUCUCAUGGAUCGAGAGAGACAAUUAGAGAUUGCAGUGGUGACAGUUCUAGAGGACUCUGGAGCGGAGGAUUAUCUCCCUGUAUUUGCUAGGCAUCGCAUCACCAUAGAAACCUUGCUGCAAAUGACAGAUGAUGACCUGAAACAAAUGGGAGUUCAUGAACUUGGACUAAGGAGAGCUAUUUUGAAGAAUGCUGAAAAUUUCAGAACAUCAAAGGCUGCAACAUAUCCUAGUGACACCACUGAACCAACCCCAAGUCAACCAAGCAAGGACAAGUUCAAGGAACGGGAGGAUGUGAGCUUUGACCACCCUAAACCAUCUGCUCCACCAAUCAGACAAGGUUCUAUACUAGCAAGGGGACUUAACUCAGAAUGUGUGAUAUGUCUUGAUAGACAGUCUGCUGUGAUUUUCCUAUCUUGUGGUCAUGUGUGCUGUUGUGAGGAGUGCUCAGAAGCCGUGAAAGACUGUCCUCUUUGUCGCGGAACCAUUAUUCAGAGAAUCAAACUGGGCACUACUGCUUUUGCAGAGGCACCUGUGCCAAUUCCAACCGAACACCCCCCUCCGGCCCCACUACCAGAAGAACACCCCCCUUCGGCCCCACUACCAGAAGAACACCCCCCUCCGGCCCCACUACCAGAAGAACACCCCCCUUCGGCCCCACUACCAGAAGAACACCCCCCUUCGGCCCCAUUACCAGAGGAACACCCCCCAUCUGCUCCUCCUUUGCCCUAGUUUUCCGCUUUCUUAUAUUCUGACAUCCACUAUAAUCUAUAACAUUAGGUGUUGUGUAAUAGACAUAUUUAUUCUGAGCUAAACUGAAUAAUAUUUAUAUUCUGUGUAUUUUAACCAUUAUUCAUACACUGAAUCUGUAUUUAUAUAUACACUUUGCAUUUUUUUAGUAAAGGAGAAAUUUAUGAGAAUUAGGUUGGGGGAAAAAUAAUUAUGAUUCACCAUUACUAUCCAAGUAAUUCAUGUACUGGGGGUAUGUUCAUAAGUUUGAUUUUUUGUUUUUGUUUUGGAUGGGGGGUGGUUAGAAGGUUAGCUUUAUACAAUUGUUCAUAUUUAUGUUCAACUGUGCAGGAUUUAUAGUCUUGUUAUCCGUUAUCCUCAACUACUGGGUACAUGUACAUGUUUUCUAUUUAUUUCUGUAACAUAAUUGAAUAGUAGAUGUACAUGUAUAUACAUGUACAAGUAUCUGUAUAUUCAACGUUCAAGUCCCAAAGAAAGGUGAUUUAUGGUGUCUUUUCAUGAUGUGUCUUUAUAGGUUAUGUUUACAUUGAAAGGCUGUGUACCUUGUUCCAUGUGUUCUUUACCACUACCGUAUUUAUACCAAAUGUUUUGUCAUUUACAAGUAAUUUAAAGAGAAAUGUAUUUAUAUACUGUACAUGCAGUUGCAGAAUGUUAUCUUAAUAAUGGAAUAUAAAAACUUAGCAUUCAUUAUUUGUUUUUUCCCUUGUUUUUAUUUUUGCUAAACUGUUUUUAAUUUCACCUCAGUGACUUACAUGUACGUUAAAUGAAUAAUUUUUGUAUGAAGUACAUUCUUUUAAACAACAAGGAAUCUUUCUCUGUUAUUUUUUUUUGUUAUUGUUUGGUAUGAAAAAAAUUGUUUAGAUAAUGUUAUUAUGAAGAGCUAUGACUAAAAGUUUUCUCUUCGGAUGAGUUUUUCAGUAUCUUAAUGGUACAUGUACAUCUAUCUUGUAUGCUCUCUGCCCCAUGUUGGGGUGAUAUGUAAAUGCUCAAUGAAUGGUAAAGCACCAAUGCAUGAAUUGGCAGCUAAAAUAAAAGGAGCAAAUGCAAAUAAUUUUUACUUUCUGUUAUUUCUUCCUUAGGUUCUUGGUUUAAUAAUGCUUGUGUCAGCAAUGAAAUAUGUUCAUGCAUAAUGCUUCACUGUACCUUUACUAUUGAAACAAACUGAAAACUUUUAGUUGUCUCAUUUUUUAAAAUAAUUUUCUAAUGCAUAUGUUUGAUCUUUUCUUACAAGUAUGAUUCAUUACAUUGUGCUCUCAGCCCAUGCAACCAUCUGUUAUCCAUGUCCAUUUAAUGCCUCUACAUGUAUGUCAAAGUGUAUCAAGAAAAAAAAAAGACAAUGAAAUUAUUCAUUCAAAAGUCGAUAUUCGUAUGGUCUAGCAUGGCUACAACAUACCAAACAAAUGUGCUAUUUUCCUUUGGUACCAAACUGUUGGCUCAUAAUGCCAUAUUGAUAUACAUGUAUAUUCAUAAUAGGCCUAUGAUGAAUUGCUUUAUAUUAGAUUGUUAAAUAAAUUUCACUCUCAUAUUGCUA